AUUGGCUGCAAGAACGAGGCUUGGUUUUGCUGUCACCGGCUGAUGUGAGCGGUGCCACAGCCCGUGCCCGGAACUGAGAGAGGGAUAACGGCGAAGUGCGGGGGAAUCCCGGGGGACAGUCUUAGGCGAGACCCCGAGCUCCGUGGCCAGGAUGAGCGUGGAGGCCACCGGCAAGCCCCUGAAGGUGGGCUCUCGAGUGGAGGUGAUCGGGAAGGGACACCGCGGCACUGUGGCUUUUGUGGGGGCCACGCUGUUUGCCACAGGGAAAUGGGUGGGAGUCAUCCUGGACGAGGCCAAGGGGAAGAAUGAUGGCACGGUGCAGGGCAGGAGGUACUUCACCUGCGAAGAGAACCACGGCAUAUUUGUGCGUCAGUCACAGAUCCAGGUUGCAGAUGAUGGAGCGGACACGACCUCCCCUGAAACCCCCGAACCGUCCACCACAAGGGUCCUCAAGAGAGACGCGUCGGACACCCAGAAGGCCAGUAAACUGCCCACCCGCCCGUCCAGCUCUGCUGCAUCCAGCGGCACCGCCGGGGCCUCCGGAUCUGCAUCGGCAUCAUGCGGAGAGAUCAGCAGCAGCGAGCCCAGCACUCCAGCCCAGACCCCACUGGCGGCUCCCAUCAUCCCGUCGCCCUCGCUGACCUCUCCAGUGGCCCCGCUGCCCGCCCUGGGGCCCUCCAAGGAGGAGGAGAACCUGAGGGCCCAGGUGAAAGAUCUGGAGGAGAAGCUGGAGACUCUGAAGAUGAAGAGAGCCGAGGACAAGGCCAAGCUGAAGGAGCUGGAGAAGUCCAAGCUGCAGUUGGAGCAGCUCCAAGAGUGGAAGAGCAAGAUGCAGGAGCAGCAGGCCGACGUCCAGCGCCAGCUCAAGGAGGCCAAGAAGGAAGCCAAGGAAGCGCUGGAGGCUCAGGAGCGCUACAUGGAGGAGAUGGCGGACACCGCCGACGCUAUAGAGAUGGCCACACUGGACAAGGAGAUGGCGGAGGAGCGAGCAGAGUCCUUACAGCAGGAGGUGGAGACCUUAAAGGAGAAGGCGGAGGAGCUGACCAUGGACCUAGAGAUUCUAAAACAUGAGAUAGAAGAGAAAGGGUCUGACGGAGCAGCAUCCAGCUACCAGGUGAAGCAGCUGGAAGAACAGAACGGCAGACUGAAGGAGGCGCUGGUGAGAAUGAGGGAUCUGUCCGCCUCGGAGAAGCAGGAGCACGUCAGGGUGCAGAAGCAGCUGGAGAAGAAGAACGCGGAGCUGGAGAGUCUGCGGCAGCAGAAGGAGAAGCUGCAGGAGGAGGCGUCACUGAUGGAGAAGACUGUAGAUGAGCUGAAGGAACAGGUCGAUGCUGCUCUAGGAGCUGAAGAAAUGGUGGAAACCCUGACCGAGAGGAACCUGGACCUGGAGGAGAAGGUCCGAGAACUGCGUGAGACCGUGACUGACCUGGAAGCCAUCAAUGAGAUGAACGAUGAGCUGCAGGAGAACGCCCGCGAGACAGAGCUGGAGUUGCGGGAGCAGCUGGACAUGGCAGGUGCCCGAGUGCGGGAGGCCGACAAGCGCGUGGAAGCCGCUCAGGAGACGGUGGCGGACUACCAGCAGACCAUCAAGAAGUACCGGGACCUGACGGCGCACCUGCAGGAAGUGAACCGAGAACUCCGCAGCCAGCAGGAGGCCAGCGUGGAGAAGGAGCAGCAGCCGUCACUGGAGAUGUUUGACUUUAAGAUCAAGUUUGCCGAGACUAAAGCCCACGCCAAGGCCAUCGAGAUGGAGCUGCGCAAGAUGGAGGUCAACCAAGCCAACCGCCACGUCUCCCUCCUCACCUCCUUCAUGCCAGACAGCUUCCUGCGCCACGGAGGAGACCACGACUGCAUCCUGGUGCUGCUGCUCAUCCCAAGGCUCAUCUGCAAGGCGGAGCUCAUCAGUAAGCAGGCUCAGGAGAAGUUUGAGCUGUCCGAGGCCAAGGAAGAGAAGACUGGCAUCAGAGGAGCUGUGGGGGAGCAGAUGAGCUUUGCUGCUGGUCUGGUGUAUUCCCUCAGCCUCCUGCAGGCGACGCUGCACAAAUACGAGCAGGCUCUCGGUAAAUGUAGUGUGGAGGUCUACAAGAAGGUGGGGAUGCUGUACCCGGAGAUGAGCGUGCACGAGCGCUCCCUGGACUUCCUCAUUGAAUUGAUGCACAAGGAUCAGCUGGAUGAGACGGUCAACGUGGAGCCGCUCACCAAGGCCAUAAAGUAUUACCAGCACUUGUACAGCAUCCACCUGGCUGACCAGACCGAGGACUGCACCAUGCAGCUGUCCGACCACAUCAAGUUUACACAGGGCGCCCUGGACUGUAUGGGGGUAGAAGCGAGCAGACUGCGCUCCUUCCUACAUCCUGGACAGGAGGCCUCGGACUUCGCCAUCCUCCUGAAGGACCUGGAGACUUCGUGUAGCGACAUCCGGCAGUUCUGUAAGAAGAUUCGGCGCAGGAUGCCUGGCACAGAGGCGGCCGGGAUCCCCGCGGCGCUCGGCUUCGGUCAGCAGGUUUCCGAGACGCUCUUAGACUGCCGUAAACACCUGAAGUGGGUGGUAGCGGUCUUCCAGGAGGUGGCGGCUGCAGGGGCCCAGAUGAUUGCCCCUCUAGGAGAGAAUGAGGGUCUUCAGGCUGUAAAACUGGAGGACGUGGCCUUCAAAGCCGCAGAUCAGAUUUACGGCACACAGGGCAGCAACCCGUACGAGUGUCUGCGCCAAUCCUGUGCCAUCCUGAUCGCCACCAUGAACAAGAUGGCCACCGCCAUGCAGGAGGGAGAGUAUGACUCCGAGAAGCCUCAGAGCAAGUCUCCGCCUCCUGUAGAGCAGCGAGCAGCCGCUCUGCGAGCCGAGAUUAUGGAUGCUGAGGGGUUGGGCUUGAAGUUAGAAGACAGGGAAACGGUCAUUAAAGAGUUAAAGAAGUCUCUGAAGAUAAAGGGCGAGGAGCUGAGUGAAGCCCACGUGCGGCUGAGUCUUUUGGAGAAGAAAUUGGACAGCGCCUCAAAAGAAGCCGACGACCGGGUGGAGAAGAUCCAGACGAAACUGGAGGAAACUCAGACCCUGCUGAAGAAGAAGGAGAAGGAAUUUGAGGAGACCAUGGACGCCCUGCAGGCCGACAUCGACCAGCUGGAGUCUGAGAAGGCGGAGCUCCGCCAGCGGCUGACCAAUCAGUCCAAGCGUACCAUCGAGGGGCUGCGCGGAUCCCCGGGGUCGGGGGUAGCGUCCAUCGUGUCCGGGAUUGCUGGAGAGGAAGAGCAGAGAGGUGUGCCCGCCAACCAGUCCAUGCUGAACGGUUCUGGCCCGGUCCAAGUGAAGGACUCCCCCCUGCUGCUGCAGCAGAUCGACACCCUGCGCCUGUCCAUGAAGCACCUGAAGCACGAGAACAACCGGCUGAAGGCUAAGCGCAUGAAGGACGAGCUGGCGACGCUUCCUCCUCUAAACAUCGCCAAACUGGCUCUACCCAAGGAGCGGCAGGAGGCCAUGACUGGCACACUGUACCGCAAGACCAGCCAGCUGCUGGACACCCUGCAGCAGAUGAGCGCCAACUCCAAGGUGGUGAACAUCACACACAAGAAGGGCGGUAACCCCGCAUCCCAGCUCCUGGAGCAGACUGCCCGGCUGCAGGCUCUGAGCGACACCAUCGACAAGCUCAAGGAUGAAGUCUUGAAGGAGACGGUCUCCCAGUGCCCCGGGGCAAAUGUCCCAACAGAUUUUGCUACGUUCCCAUCAACAGACUUUAUAAAGGCCAAGGAGGAGAAGAGAGAAGACACCGUGUACUUCGGCCGGGUGACCCUCCCCUGCCAGCCGGGUCAGGGCAAGAUCCACCGCCUCGUCCUGUCCCCCGAGCAGCUGUGCCAGCUACAUGAGCGGCUGAUCUGCUGAGAAGACUUCUGUGUCCUGGCCGGGGCCCCCUGUAUUGCACGUCCUCCCUCCUAAUGCCGGCCGCUCCAUUACUUACUAUUUAUGGGUUUCUAUAAAAUUCCUGUUCUAUCACUGGGCCCUGAACCACUAAGGAUGUGGACGCCGCGGGCCGACCACUGGAUGAUGCCCGGGCCUGUGGUGUAUGAACACUAGGGGGCGCUAGAAGAUAAACGCUGAAUGGUCUCCUUAUUUACUCCCGGGCUGCAGCUGUCCCCGCAUGCGCUGUCGUAUCCUUCAUACAGGCACAUAGCAGUGACCCAUGUCACCUUAAAGGGGAACUCCACACACUGAAGAGUCCAUUCUGGUUGGUAUUUUUAAUAAAAUGCCUAGCAGAAUGGAAGCGGGGUGCACCAUCUGCUUAUGGCCGAUGGUCACAUUGUAUCUUCUUCAGUAUUUGGGCGGAGAUUUCUCUUAAAGGGCUUCUUCACCUUGGGCUGUUUCCACCAGUGAGGAAGGAGGUGAAGUCCAUGGAUGAUGCAGGUUGGGUUGCUCCACCUGGUCAUUGUAGUUUUACCUCCAGCCUUUUGGGCAGAGACAGCUGAAGGCGGAGUGCCCCUUUAAUACCUGGAGUUUUCCCUCUUGACCGUUCUUAAAGUGCCUUUCUGUGUUCUCUCGUGUGACCGCCGCUGGGGGUCUCCUCCUCCAGGAUCGGUGGUCACAUGACAGAGGGUUCUGGCAGGGUGGGGUCAGCUUGUGUUGGGGCCCUUUCCUGGGUGAAGCAUCCACUCUGCUGUAUCUGUUCUACUGGGGAAUAAACUCUGAGCUCACA